AUGUCGACCAAGACUCUGCAGGGAGAUCCGCGCCGCCCCGGUGAUCUGCACCCUUUUGUGCGCGAGCAGGUGGAUCCGGAUGACGCCCCCGGCGACUGGUACGCCUUCUUUUCGCUCGUGCUGGGCUUCCUGGCCUUCACGAUGAAGUGGAAGGAGCUGGCGUGGGGUUCGCUGCUGCUUUGCUUUGGCUCGUUAACCAACAUGAAGUCUCAAGAUAUGAACACGACGCAAGUGGCCAUGUCCUUCUUCUUCUCCACAUCGGCCCUCGUGUCCGCUUACAUGGGUACCAUGCGUCCAGGCAUGCCCAUGCCAUCGGGCCAAACAGUGGAAGCCCCCGCUUCGUAG